AUGUACCGGGGCAACCCGGCGCCCGGGCGGUAUAGGCCAUCGGCUACUCCUCAGUACCAGGAUCCCAGAAACCGGCAACCACAACACAGCGGUCAGGAGGUAAACGCGGCCCCGCCCAGUCCGCAGGACAAUGGCGUCACUGGUGGUCGCCAGAGCAUUGUUAGGGGACCGCCCAGAAAGCCACGGCAGAGCGUUUCACCUCAAGGCCAUGCCAUCUGGGUCGGCAAUCUGCCUCCGCAAACCGACCUGAUGAGCCUCGUCCACCACGUGUGCAAGGAGACGGAAGGGCUGGAAUCUUUGUUCUUGAUCUCCAAGAGCAACUUGAGUCGGCUAAGGAAAAGCACCGUGGAGGGCCCGGCGGGGGCAACCGCCCCGACGGGGCCAGCAGCAUCGACAUCGCAGGGAGGGGCUAUGGCCAUCCAAGAAGCUAGUCUUAGCGAGAACGGCGACGGCGAAACCAAAGAGAAAGGUGUCAUCCCGGAUGCGGUGGCCGCAGCUGCCCCGGAAUCCCAAGCAACGAUUCCGGCUGUCAAUGGCAGACCCCGUCAAAAGGACCGUUUUUUCGUCCUCAAGAGCCUCACCGUCGAGGAUCUUGAACUGAGUGUUCGGACAAACAUCUGGGCCACGCAAUCGCACAACGAGGAGAUGUUGAACUCGGCAUAUAAGACCUCGGAUAAUGUCUACUUGGUGUUCUCGGCGAACAAGUCUGGCGAGUACUUUGGCUACGCACGGAUGGCGUCAGCUAUCAACGAAGACCCGGCCGCCGCCAUCGAAUUCGCGCCGAGCGCGCAACCGGCGAAUGAAGUCGAUCUUCCCAAAGCCAUUCCUACAGACCCCACAGAAUUCGCGCCCAGGGGCCGCAUCAUUGACGACUCGGCGCGCGGCACCAUAUUUUGGGAGGCGAACUGGGAGGACAAGACGGCGUCUGACGGUGGGCAGGAUGACGAAGGUUCCAGCGGCUCGGCCGGGGGGGACACGGGCAGUGUUCAAAGUGGGCAAGAGAGCAACAUGUCAGAACCCAAAGCUUGGGGCAAGCCGUUCCGGCUCGAGUGGUUGUCAACAACCCGUCUCCCGUUCUUCCACACAAGGGGACUUCGGAAUUCGUUCAACUCGAACCGAGAGGUCAAGAUCGCGAGGGACGGGACCGAGAUCGAGCCGACGGUUGCAAGAACACUGAUUGGAAAGUUCUAUCGAGCGCAAGGCCCAAUGCUGGGCAUGCUCCCGCCCGUGGUUCCAGGCGGGUUCCGGAUGCAAGCUCCCGUCACAGUUGGAUACCCCCCUAUGCGAUGA